AUGAACACCAUGUCCGCCCUGCGCGCAGCAAGUCGGCUAGCCGCGCCCUCUUCCCGAUCAGUCCUUCGACCUGCUUUCGCGGCUUCAGCACGAACAUACGCCACAGUCACUGAAUCUGUCGAAACCGGUGGAGGCCGACCCGUCACUCCCGCGUCGCAGACCAAGACGGUCCAAGAGCCCGCAAAGGAUGCCGACGCCAAAAUCAAGACUUUCCACAUCUACCGCUGGAAUCCAGAUGAGCCAACCGCGAAGCCGCGAAUGCAGAGCUAUACGCUAGAUCUAAACAAGACGGGUCCAAUGAUGCUGGAUGCGUUGAUCAGAAUCAAGAACGAAGUUGAUCCGACAUUGACAUUCAGGCGGAGAAUCGCGCAUCUACCACUACCACAUACCUAUGUGGUGAAGGAUCUGGUGCCCGAUCUCACCCAAUUCUACAAGCAGUACAAGUCCAUCAAGCCAUACCUCCAGCGCGACACCCCUUCGCCAGAUGGCAAGGAAAACCGCCAAUCACCCGCCGAGCGCAAGAAGCUCGACGGUCUCUACGAAUGCAUUCUCUGCGCCUGCUGCUCAACAUCAUGCCCAUCAUACUGGUGGAACGCAGAUCAAUAUCUUGGACCCGCUAUUCUCUUGCAGAGCUACAGAUGGUUGGCUGACUCACGUGACGAGCGGACUGCCGAGCGGAAGGAGGCGCUGGACAACAGCAUGAGUUUACGCAAGAAAUGCGACGAGACGAAACCAGAAUGCAAGCGGUGCACAUCCACUGGGAGGAAAUGCGACGGCUACGAGGGACAGACUGUCGAGAACCACACUGCGACGACACGGCAACCUAACCCCCAGACCGCUGUGAGGAGAGGUACCACCAACUCCUCAUCUACAACGGAUCCCAACACACCUGAUUCUGGUGUCGAUGUUAGAGGUCCGAGAUCUUCAUCGUCACACUCACCGACCACGACAAAUAAAUCGUCGCCGACUAGCGAAGAUGUGCGAUUACUACGUACGCCUUACAGCAGACAAUCGCUUACUACCAACUCUUUCAGCAGUCCUGCGGAUCAGUACAGUUUUACGUUCUUCCAGCAUCGGACAGGUCCUGAGUUUGCAGCCUACUUUGACUCUUCGAUAUGGCGCUCUUUCAUACUCCGAGCCUGCUUCCAGCAUCCGACUGUGCUAGCCGCCGCAGCCGCCGUCGGCGCAGUCCAUCGCCGUUUCGAACUAGGCAUCACACCAGAAGCAUUCGCGUUUUGCACUAUCGCUGACCAGCAGCACGAACGUGCCCUCAAGCUGCUCGCGGCAGAUAAGGCGUCUAAUCACCCUUCCGCGCCCGAGAUCACGAUGCUUUCGCAUAUGCUUCUGAGUGUGUUUGAAACCUUCCAAGACAACAACGAAAAGGCGCUCGAACAUACCACUACUGGUCUGCGUCAGAUCUUCCGGCGGCCAACAGUCACAACGCACCGCGAAAGUCGCUACAAAGCCCUCCAAGUCGGCUAUACACCGCUGUACACCUUCGUACAAUCGCUCGAAAAGCUGUCCAACAAGGCGCCUUUCUUCGGAAGUUCUCCCGCCACAGAUACCGCCCCUGCAUUCCACAGCCAGUUGUUCUUCCCUCUGAGCGAUCCAGCACUCGGUCUCGAACCCACACCCAUCCCAGUAGCUUUCUCCUCCCUCGCAGAAGCACGCGAUUUUCUCUUCACCGAAGCACUCUGGAUCUGGGCCGCUUGGCACUCCCUGAGUCUCGGCACCAAUACCAGCUUUUCAACCCAACACAAUCACAUCGAGCGCCUCCUCGCUUGGUCAAUGUCGUACGCCGAGUUUACCAAAUCCGCACCCCUGAGUCCAUCCCCAGCACAGAAGCGCCGCGAGAAGCAACAAUCUCACCUUCUCAAAACGUACCGUGAAGCACUCUACCUGACACUACUCACGCAGCUUGCUUUCCACGACUCCUCCUCGGGCAAGGAAAUCGUGCCUCUGUGUUUCCCACCGGAAAGCUGCGACUGCCAUCGCAGCUGUCGGGACUACGCAGAGCGGAAGAGUGCUCUGAAUGCGCACUUUGCACGAUUGGUUGUGCUCAGCGAGUCGUUGUUUGCGGUUGAUCCCACCUCUCCGCAAGCGGCUGAGAAGACGAACUUUGCUUACGACACGGAGCACUCCAUAUCAGUGGAUACGGGAAUUGGGCCACCAUUGUGGAAGGGAGGUGAGAGCGGACAACACAAGUCGACGAAGGUGCGGCAUCAGGUUGUGGGGUUGUUGGGGAGGGACAGGUUGGUGGCAGAUGUGUGGAGCAAGAUGGGCAUCUACAGCAUUGCGGAAAAGCUGUCGGCGGUGGAAGAACAUGCGAUCGUGGCGGCGGGAGGUUUGGAAGGCCUAAUGCCAAGGGGCAGAGGUGGUGUCGCGCAUGCUGGGCUUCGGCCAGAUGGCGUGAGGCUUGCACGGGAUGGUAUGGGCGGGAUGAGUGCGAUCGCCACCUCCGCGAUGAUGAAGAACCCUAGUGAACGGCAUUUGGUUGUGGGACCGGUGGACGUGGAGAGAGUAGGGAUGAUGGGGGAGGGAUUUGAGCCGAAUUUGGAGCCAUUCGAGAUCAACACGACGAGUCUGCUUGAUCAGGACUUGUCGAUGGACGGAUAUCUGGACCCAUCGAUCCUUAACACACCCGCCCAUGGCGCAGUCAACGACUUCGGAGACUUCGGGAUUGGUGAGGAAGACGACGACGCGGACUCAGUGAUUCACAACGAUAUGACGGGCUGGUUCAGAGGGCAGCCGAACUGGAUGGCUGGGACUCAGGGACUGGGAGAUCCGAAGUGGGUGGAUUAUACUUGUUUUCUGGAGGAGGGGAGGCUCUUGGUGAGGUAUUGUCAGGAGGAUGAGUUGGGAGGGUUAGUUUGGACGCAGGAGUGGGUGAAAUUUCGGUGA